AUGCCGUUACGGUGCUACAAUGACCCUGAAAAACGUUACGAUGUAACAAUGGCUUGUCACGAGGAAAUCGAGAAUCACUUGAAAGAGAGAUCAGUGAAGAUGGAGAAAGAGAUUUACAGAGACUGCCAGAGAAACCAUGCAUGCUCACUCGGCGGCUACGCGAUCGACGGUUGCACCGAGUUCAUCCAAGGUAACACCAUCAGCAGUACCCAAAUUGAAGCCUGCGGCUGCCAUCGAAACUACCAUCGGAAAGUCGUAGUAGACUUGAAACGAUCUCCUGAUCACAAAUCCUUUAUGAGUCUGAGAGAGGUGAAGAGGAUGGCCCGGCAGCGCGGCGUUGUUGUCCCGCCGACGCCGUCUACUUCGGACGAAGUGAAGGUCAAGCAGAGGAAAUCGAAAUUCAGUGCGGGACAGAGAGAGCGAUGA